UUAGGUACCUGUAAUAAUAAUAUUACUAAACCCAAACAAAAGCAAAAGAAUACUAAAAUCAAGAUCUGCGUUUUUCCCCUGAAACAAAAACAACCAAACAAAAAAAAAAGAAGAGAGAAAGAAAAGAAAAAAAUGUUACAGCUGUUUUUCACGAUAGCGUUCUCGGCGGCGCCGUUAACUCUCUACAUACCGCCGGUAAGAUGUUUAACGGUGUUCGUGGAGACGAUGGAAGAGAUGGGAAUGGAAGGUAGGGUUUAUAGCCGGAGACUCUUCCCUCGCGCUAGAAUUGCUUGGUCUAGGCUCCUUGAUUGCUUCUUCUCCACUUCUCGCCCUCUCGCUGUCGCUUCUUAAAAAAAAUUUGUGUUCGUCUUCUCUUCCUUUCUCUGUAGAUAUUAUAUGUAAUUUCCUUCUUGUGUUCUUCAUCACAUAUAUAUUAUGUUUUUGAUUUUUAGGUGUUCUUUUUUUUUUUUGGUGGUGGUUGUUGAUCUUAAUAAUGAUUAGAGACAGAUCUCCCUCUUUUUGUUCUCUAAUCUCUGUUUUAUUUUAGAAUCAAAUCGGUGUAUGUGUAAAAGAAAAGUGAGAGAUUGAAUCAAACUUUUCAGGGAUUACAUA